AUGUCUACCGUCAAGGAUUUGCUGAAGGAGGCCAAGGCAGAGUUGGCAAGGGAGGACUACGAAGAAGCAGCUAAGAUAUCUCUGCAAGUACUGAAGCAGGAUCAGUCCAACUACUUUGCACAAGUGUUCCUCGGAAAAUCUUACUCCUGUAUGGAAGGAAAGGCUAGGGAAGCUGUACAUCGCUAUAAAGUAGCCAUUGAGUUGGCACCAGAAAAUCUGCUCGCAUGGAAGGGACUCUUUCUGUUUCUAAAUGGCGGCCCCGUUGUGCCUGAAGUGGUAUCAUAUGAUGAGUACUUUGAUCUCAGCGGCGAGUAUGCCAGGAUACUAUGCGAGCAGCAGCAGUCUCAGGUGGAGCUAAUCCAUGAGCUACGAGCCUUCCGAAAGAAGAAGCCUGACAGCAGAGAAUCUUUCCUGUGGCAUAUGGUGCCCGGAAACCCGAUGGCAGAGCAACUUGGUCGGCAUCUGAUCACUCCUCAGGCUGCUUUGAAGGAAUUGAUUGAUAUCUUGGACUCGAAAGAGAAGGCUUACGUUUCCAAGAUCGUUAGCCGGGAAAGACUGAAGUUCAGUGCGCAGGACCCUGACUAUCAGAUAAAAAUGAACUCGCUGGCAUGGGACGUUUACCAGAACUCGAAGUUAGAUCAUCUAUUUAAUCAAUUGAUCAAUAUUACCGAUGACGAUGAUGAAAGAGCCGAGUUGGAGACCAGGUGGCUGGAAUACCGACUGCUAGUUUUGAAAUCGAUGCCUAAAGAAAUCAAGAGCUCAUUUUAUGAGCAGGUUAAAAGAAUGGUGGAUGACAUGGUUCUUGUGGACCAUAGAUCAUCAACAGCUUGGAGACUGUACUUUGAAUGGCAAGACUAUGCUGAUCUCGAUAAUAUGGAUCAAGAGCUUAUACUGAAAUUUUUUAAAAAGUUCCCGCUAGAACCCUUGGCAAUCAUUCUAUAUGCUUGGCUGUCAUCAAACCUUUCCAAAUAUGAUAUUAAGAAGUUGAAUGCAUCUCUGGAUCAGCCCUCUGAGCCAGAGGAAGGUCGGGAGCUGGCUGAUAUUGAUGAAAGUGAGAAGAAUGCCUUGAACGAUAUGAUGGAAAAAGAGAAUGAAACGUCAGGUCUUCUGGAGGAGGAAGUCGUGGACGCUUUACUUGAUAACAUUCCCAAGGCUCAGAACAGCAUCCUUGCGAACAGAAUAGUAUCGCAAUACUAUUUACUCUCGAAAGAAUACGAAGCUGCGUUACCAUAUGUUAAGACCGGUAUAUCUGUUAUUGCCUACAAUAUAAGGGAUUUAGGAGGCCGUUUUGCUAACUCCAAGAAGCAGUUCACAUUGAGCCUGGCGAUCUUGUAUACCUACAUUGAUCCUCCCAAAAAUCAUAAUGCAGCUCUGAGCCUGUUUGAAAAGAUUCUGGCCGAUGAUCCAGAUAACACACAUGCCAAGCUGGGAAAGGGACUCAUUUUUGUUGAGAGGGCGGAAUGGGAAAAGGCUAACGUAUUACUGAGUGAGGUUUCAGCGCAAUUUCCUGAUAACAUGGAGGUACUUUCUGAGCUAGCUUGGAACGAGGCUCAGCUUGGACUACUAGAAGAGGCUGUUUCAAAAUUCAAAACUGUACUGGCGGCAAGCGAAGGAACUGACCUUCGAUCGGCGGAAUUUAGGGCUCUGAACCUUUGGAGACAAGCUAAAGUUUACAUUAUGCUUGAAGAAAGAGAUGGCUCUGAGGAUCUUAAUUAUGUGAAAGUUGCUUUUAAGCAGUUGGUCAAUUCCAUCAAAGUUCUAGACACAUUUGCUGCUAAUUAUUCGACUCUUGGCGAUAUCUAUUCUUCCUUUUUCGAAGAUAAGGUAAGAGCAUUUAAAUGUUAUUAUAAGGCAUUUGAACUUAAUGCUAGAGACGCUACUGCAGCUAAAUACAUGGCUGAGCACUAUGCGAACUUGACUAAUUGGCAAGCUGCUUCCACCGUGGCUAAGAGAUUGAUAAGUGCAGAGAGCAAUAGGAAAAAGUUGAAAGACAUGAAUUGGGCGUAUAGAGCAGUUGGUAUAUUUUAUUUGGAAACACAAGAUGAGGCUGCUUCCAUUGAGUGGUUUCAGGGAGCUCUUCGUAUAAAUCCCACCGACGUUGAAUCCCUAAUUGGUUUAGGUCAAGCAUAUCACGCCUGUGGUCGUGUCGAGGCCUCAACAAAAGUUUUCGACAGAGCUUUAGAAAUUGAUUCAGAGCACUUUCAUUGCCAAUAUUUGAAAGCCCAGUCGCUCGCCGCGAUGGGUGAAUAUGUUGAAAGCAUCAAUAUAUUGGAAAGAAUUACAGCGCUAUCUCCUAGGGAAGAAAUAUAUCAGAUCAUGCUUGCAAGCGUUUCUGUUGAUUAUGCUAUAGACCUGUACUCCCAGGGACUUCUAACGAAGUCGAUAGCAAUUUCCGAAGGCGUCAUUGAAACUCUACAGUAUGCAAUUAUAGAGCUUCACUGCAGUGGACAGCUCUUGUGGUUGGUACUUUCAAAGGCAUUGGGUUUAUUUGUGACAAUCGCUUCCAAGGUGGACAAGCUGCCCAUUGAAUCGCUAGUUGGCAUUUUCAGAGCAUUUGACGCUACUGAAUCGACUCGGGUGAUUGACGAUAUUGAUGGUAUUACUUUUGACCAAGUGUUGUCGGCUAUCGACGAUAGCAGUAUAUCAAUUGCAUGCAAGUUUCUGAUUUUAUCUGCCAAGUACAGCUUCUCAACAACGAAGCUUGAAGAGCAGUCUAGAACGGUCAGAUCCUCCCUAUGGCAUAACGUCGGAAGCGCGGAGUUGACUGCUUAUCAUGUCCUCAAGGAAGUGAAAUACAGAGAUGCGGCCAUCGCUUGUUACAAAGCUUCCAUUCAUCAGCAGUCGAAUGCUGUAGAAUCAUGGAUAGGUUUGGGUGUGGCAACUAUGGAUGUAAACUAUCGGGUAGCUCAGCAUUGCUUUAUCAAAGCUUCAGCAUUGUCGCCGAGAGACGCAGACGUGUGGUUUGAUCUGGCCGUAUUGGGAUUGAAGAAUAACGAUGUGGAGUUUUCCAAGGAUGUUCUCAAUCGGUCACAAAGUUUGUCUCCUCAGAAUUCCUCGCCAUGGCUAGGAUUUGCAUUAGUACACGAAAUGGAAGGAAAUAUAGUGGAUAGUCACAGGAUGUUCGCACAUGCCUUCGUCUUGUCUAAUGGCAAAUCGAAAGUUGCUCAACUUCUUUAUGCGAAAAGUGUUUUAGAGCGUAGAAUUGGCGACUCUUUUGACGAAAGGGACCUCGAAGCAGCUGAAGAACUAGCAACGGCGGCUUACGGGCUCGAUCAGUACUUCAAAGAAAACCCGCGGGACAAUUUUGCACUUCAAUGUGCAUUACUGAUUUUUGAGAGACUGCAUUUGUAUCCCAAUGCACAUCGUGUCUCCAACGACCUAGUUGAACUGCUGGAAAUAAAGUUCGAGAAAGCUCAGAGUGACGAAGAUCUUUACAAUUAUGCGAUAAUAAAGGCCCAGAUUGCCCGCAUUAAACUUGGAUUUGGCGAAUUUCAGUUAGCCAUAGAUGAUGCCAAAAUUUCGGAAAGUAUAUUAACUGAAUUCGCGGGCCGCGACACAUCAAUGAUUAGCCUAUCUAACCAAAUAUCCUUGAGUUUGGCUAACUUCUUUUUACAGAAUUAUGAUGAGACGCUGCAAAGCCUGCAGGAAGUACUUAAAGCUUCAAAAACUUCAAGACAUUUGAGUAUUUUAACAGCGAAAAUCCUUUAUGACAUGGGCUCAGAUGAAGCCAAAGAGAUUGCGUUGGAAGAGUUGAUGGAAUAUGUUUCGCAGAAUGGACCUGAAUUGCUUGUUGGCUUUACCAUUGCCGCUAUUGCCAUUGUCGAACAAAAGACGGACGAUUUGAAAGUUAUUUUAGGAGAGUUGACAGGAAUGUCGUUAUCAAAUUUGAUCGCGGAUAAGCACAAGGACCUUCCCUAUCUGAUAGAACAGAUCAAGGCCCGGUUAGAAUUAAAGGCCAAGCCGGUCACCUCAUGGCAAAGAAGCUCAUUCUUUUUCAUGAAUGAUCACAGUACUUGGACUGCGGUUGACAAGAAAAUAUCCCUCAGAGUAGCUGCGGAUGGGCAGAAUAAGAUAAAUGUAAACCAGCUAAGCGCACUCUAUUGUAUGCAAAAAGAUGUUAGAAGUGUUCAAAGAAGUCUGUUUUUGGCACCUUGGAAUAAAACAGCUAUAUCCGCUCUGAGGCAAUGCUUUUAG